AUGAAUGGCAAAUUGCAACAUACAAAUGGUAAGAGUCACAAAUUCGAGGCCAAUUCCAUGCCGCCCCAAAAAUCCCUAAUAACUGCCUAUGUACUUUGGCUAUUUGGUGGUAUUUUUGGUUUACAUCACAUUUACUUGCAUCGUGAUCGUCACGCCUUUAUUUGGUGGUGUACUUUGGGCGGCUACUUUGGUAUGGGUUGGAUAUUUGAAGUCUUCAAUAUACCCAGUUAUGUACGUGAUGCCAAUGAAGAUCCCAAAUUUAUAGAGGAAUUUGUUAAGAAAUUGCAGCACUAUCGUAAACCUCCCUAUUCGGGUAAACGUUUUUUGGGUGAAGUUAUGAUUGGUUAUCUAUUUGGUCAACUUUAUCAGAUGGCCAUACCCGAGACUCUUUUUAUGGGCAUUGACUUUAGCUUUUUACAUUGGCUGAUACCCGUAUUUGUGGCUUUGGGUGUUUGGACUGUGGGCAAUAUAGGUCGUGAAAAGGGUGUAUUGUGUCUUCUAGCGGCCUUUGCCGCCUAUCCAGUGCGUUAUUUCAUUUAUGAUGAAACCUACACCCUCCUCAUUACCGCCUUGGCUUCGGGACUCAUUUUCGAUCAUUUCUCCAAAGAAUGGCUGCGUACACCACCAAAAGGCGCGGUUAAAUUGGAGAGAACUUUAAAAUUCACCGGGGCCCUGUGUAUUUACUUCUCCCUCUGGGGUUGUUUCCUUUUUAAUGGCACCAUAUCCGAUGAAGAUGGCAAUGAAGUGCCCAUACAUGAAGCCUUCCAAAACUUCUUAGCCUCGGCCUGGUGGACCGAUAUAGCUCAGGCCUUACAAGACACCUAUAACUAUGCUCAACAUCAUGGUUGGUAUGAGACCUGGAAGGAAAUAUUUGAAUCAAUGGAUGUAGAUGGUGAGCGUAAUUCCUAUAAAGUAUUGGGUGUUAGUGCCACCGCUUCUCAGUCGGAAAUCACAGCAGCCUAUCGCCGUCUUUCGAAAGAAUAUCAUCCCGAUAAGGUUAAAGAUGAAACACAAAAGGCUGCUGCCAAUCAACGAUUCAUUGAGAUACAACAGGCCUAUAGUGUUCUGUCGAAAAUUAAAUCAUCACGUCGUCGUAAGAAUACCAAAUCAGUAGAUGAUGAACCCAUAGUUUUGUAGGUGUAAAAACCAGUGUUUGUAUUUAUUUUUGACUGAAUUCAUUUAAGUUUUUAUUUAUACAUAAUUUCCUUUAAACACGUUCAUUUACUCAAGUUUUUAAAGUAAAACUCCAGUGCACAUUAAUCUAACUAAAAUUGAUUUUAAUGUUAAAUUUUAUUUAUUUUUGUCUCUUCAUGUUUAGCUGUAAGUUAAACGAAAGUAAAUUUUAAGAAUGUACC